AUGAAGGCCUCUGUCACAGCACUUGUGAUGUUCAUUCUAUUUAUGGACUUCAGUAAAGUUGCUUCCGUCUGGGAUCUCCGAAAUGUUAACGUUCCACCAAGCCAUAUUCCUUAUUUCCUGAGGAAGAAAGCCGGUAAAAUGGGACUCUGCAGCAAUGGAGCUUGCCAGGAUGGAGAGUCAAAAAACAUGCCAUGUUGGGGAUAUGAAGAUGAUUGUAAUCCACUGAAUCAGUUUUCCAAGCCACGCUGUAUUCAUCUUCAUCAGCCUUGGGCUAAAACUAUGGAGGAUCAAGUCCAGUUGUUUUGGGAACAAGGAGACUUUGGUUACAUCAAGAAAAUGAAAAGUCAAGUUAUGGAAUUGUGUCAGCCCAAGGAGCUGGGAGAUUCAUCAUUGACCUGCACUGCUAAUCUGUGGUACUGCCAUGCAACAAACAUAUAUUUUGAUUUAAAAAAUUUUAACCCAGAUGCUACCAAUGACAGGUUUCGCGAAGAUGUGUUGAAAGAGGGGGAGGUUGGAGGUCACUGUCAUUUUAAGAAAGACUUACACAAGAAUCAGAAUAAAAACAAAAGUCCUCUGCAGUCAUGGUUUGCUGAACUAGAGCACUUUACAUCACUUUCUGUUAAACCCUUACAGGCUGGACUUUGUGAUGUUAUAGUGAAUAGACCGACUGUUUUUAUGAAAUUGGAUGCAGGUAUCAACUUGUAUCACCAUUUUUGUGACUUUGUGAACCUUUAUGUAACUCAGCACAUGAAUGGAAGUCUUAGCACUGAUAUCAAUAUUCUCAUGUGGGACACGAGUUCUCUUACAUACCGCGAUCUCUUCUCUGAAACAUGGAAGGCAUUUACCCAGCAUCGCAUUAUACGGUUAAGUGAAUAUGCUGGAAAACGGGUUUGUUUCAAAGAUGCUGUGUUUUCAUUCAACCCAAGAAUGAUUCGUGGGCUAUACUUCAACAUGCCAUUGGUUCCAAGCUGUGUUGGAAGCGGUCUUUUUAAAGCUUUUUCAGAGCAUAUGCUACAUCGCCUCAGUGUAAUACAAGACAAUCAUAGAGAAGAUGAAUUUAGAAUAACACUGUUGGAUCGAAGCACAAAGUAUCGCAGAAUUCUAAAUAGAGAUGAGCUCGUGGGUGCAAUGAUGAAUGUUCCAAUGUUUAAAGUGAAAGUUGUUGAUUACACUUGGAAAAUUCCAUUCUUGGAACAAUUAAAGAUAACGCACAAUUCCGACAUAUUUAUUGGAAUGCAUGGAGCAGGUCUCGCGCAUGCGCUGUUUUUACCGGAUUGGGCAGUACUUUUUGAACUGUAUAAUACCGAAGACCCUGAGUGUUACAGUGACUUAGCAAGACUAAGGGGCGUCAAUUACAUCACGUGGGAACACAACGAGAAGCUUUAUCAGGAAGACGAGGGACAUCAUCCAACCUUAGGAGCUCAUGCUAAAUUUACAAAUUAUGCCUUCAAUGUGGACGAGUUCAUGAGGUUGGUAUACAAGGCGGCAGAUGCAGUUAAAGAAAGUCGCCAUAAACUGUUGAACAGCACUCUAAGUAGCAUUCUUAAUGAGAGAUCUACCAGCAAGUCGAGAGACGAGCUCUGAGAUGGCGACAUGAAGCUUCGUUAGAGUGAGUGAAAGGUUCAGUACAUCAGUAUGGCAUGAACUUCCGGUACGUGGGGGUUAGUCGUGAAGGGGACUGUCAACGAUAACAGUGACAGAUUGUCAUGUCGACCUCCACGCCGUGCCUCACUUUAUAUGACAAAAAAAGGCUUACAAAGGGGGGAUCACGAGCACCUCAGGACCCCCCACCUAGCUACGCUAUUGAUUCAUGUGAACGUUUACCAUCAUUUUUGCCUGGAAGGUAUACCAGUGCAUCGCACGUUACACUCCUUACCUCGGCCUCCCUCCCGGCCUCCCACCCUUCAGCCUUCAGCAUUUUUCAUCAGGUUCCCUGUCAGAUAACCGGUGUCUAUCUUUUGUGCUGUUCGGAGAGAGGCCCUGGGAGAAUUAAAUGACGACGUGAUUGAACUCGGGUCGCAAAGGAACACGGGAUCUUGUCACUUGGCUCUAAAAUGGUCUAUUUUCUUAAAUAUUUAAUCGAGCCAUUGAACAUACCCAGAAGGUAAAACUUCUUAAGUUUCUCUUAAAAGAUUUUCGCGGUAAUCGUUUUACUAUUAAACAAUUCCAUUGUCUAUCAGCGAUAGUUCCUGAUCCAUUUAAAUACUGACUGGAGAAUCUUCAAGGGUCAUCCUUAUGAUUACUAUGGACAUACUAGAUAAGAAUUUUUUUUCCAAAUUUGACCGCAUGCGCGCAGUUAAAAUGAGACUACAUUGCAAUAGCAGCUGGGUUUUAUUUGGUCAGCUACAUUGUAAUUCUUUUGACGUAUGGCUGGUCAGAUACUAAAACAUAAUUGUCAAAGGUUCCGUAUGAAUGAUGGAAAUUGUUAAUUAUAAAUCGUGCAUUUAAGUUAUUGCUCUUUUGUCAGUUGGGCAGCUGAUUACUGUAAAAUUGUUUGUCAGUUUGUGCGUAGCAUAGACUGACAUAAAAUAGCUUAACUGCGGACGUGAAGCAGCUCAGUUCGUUAUUUUUUGUGGGAUGUCGUCGAAAUGGACAUUUCAAGCGCUACCGUGGUUCGAGAGAUAUAUUUGUGCCGUAUUUUUUAUGUUAUUGUCCUCAUUACAACUGGUAUACAUCUAUUGAUUUACAUCUAUAAAUGUUGAUAUUUUAGUGUUUCUUAUCUAAACGCUGCACUUGGUAUUUGUCAAGAAUAAUUUUAAUUCACCAUGAAGUUUGUUUUACAUCAGAGUACAGCAAACAUGCGACAGAAGGA